AACGAGGAGCAUCAGCAUUCCCAUUUCCAUUUCCAACUUCGGGCGAGUAGACAUUUGCUCUUGCUCCGUAAUUUUAAACAUUUUCGAUUCGAUAAAUAACUAAUUCGCCAUAAUUUAUUGGUGACGUGUCAACGGUAGGCAUUAGCUAUGCUAAGUCUAAUCAAAUUAUAGCUCGUUUUAAGCAAGGGUCAUCGCUGCAGAAUUGAAUGAGAAAAUUUCGAUAUUUGUAUUACUACCGACUUCACAUCCAAAACUAAAACAGGGCGACAAUUCUUGAGGUAGAGGUCAUCGCUUCGGCUGAACGAAGAAAUUGGACACUUUGCGCUUGUCAAAAUUGAAUUCUCAACAUAUCAUCGUUCGUCAAUCACCAACCGCAAACAAACUAUUAUUUUUCAUCAUCUUCCUGUCGUCGGUGCCAAUAUUCGUGAGCUGCCUCUUUCUCUCCACCUCUCCUUUGGGCUCCACACUGUACGAAGUAGUCGUCAUCCCCAGGUUGCCCUCUCCAUUUGAUUGACUUGGUCUCAUUGCACUGCGUUCCUCCGUAUCUAUUUUUAAACUACUUCAACUCAAGUUCAAGACAAGUUAACUGAACUCCGUUUCCAUUAUGCAUUUUUCAAAUGAGACUGUCCAAAAGGCCUACUUGGCCACGGAGGAGAAUCCCUUCGACAUGGACGCUUGGAACGUUCUCCUUCGGGAGUUGCAAACAAGGAAAAUUGAAGAUGUUAGACCACUGUUUGAGAAGUUGGCAAAGAUUUUCCCAACGACGGGACGAUUUUGGAAGAUGUACAUCGAGCAAGAGAUGAAAGCAAGACUUUACGACAAGGUAGAAAAGCUGUUCACACGAUGCUUAAUCAAGGUGCUAAACAUCGACUUGUGGCGCCUGUACCUGCAAUAUAUUCGCGAGUCUAAGGCUGCACUCCCAACAUACAAAGAAAAAAUGGCUCAGUCGUACGACUUUGCCCUGGAUAAGAUUGGGAUGGAUAUUCAGUCCUUUUCCAUUUGGAACGACUAUGCAAAUUUUCUGAAAUCUGUAGAGGCAUCCGGAUCGUAUGCGGAAAACCAAAGAAUAAGCGCCGUUCGAAAGGUAUACCAAAAGGCUGUGAUGACGCCAAUGAUCAGUGUGGAGACCUUGUGGAAGGACUACAUUACGUUCGAACAGGGAAUAAACCCUAUAAUUGCAGAAAAAAUGUCAAUGGAGAGAUCUCGAGAUUACAUGAAUGCUCGUAGAGUGGCAAAAGAACAUGAAGCCAUCACCAGAGGACUGAACCGCAGUUUUCCUUCUGUUCCUCCCACUGGUUCCCCAGAAGAAGUUCGUCAGGUGGCACUUUGGAAAAAAUAUAUCGCAUGGGAAAAGAAUAAUCCUUUACGAACGGAGGAUCUCACUCUGCUGGCUCGACGUGUCAUGUUUGCAUACGACCAAUGUUUACUCUGCCUCAGUCACCACCCUGAUGUUUGGUACGAAGCAGCACUGUUCUUGGAGAACAUUUCAAAACUGAUGAAUGAAAAGGGGGAUGCUGUAUCAGCCAAAAAGUUUAGUGAUCAAGCUGCAGAUGUUUAUGAAAAUGCUAUUACUGGCGUCCUCGGAAAAAAUAUGUUGCUGUAUUUUACAUAUGCUGAUUUUGAAGAGACGCGAGUCAAGUACGAGAAAGUACACACGAUCUAUCAGAGACUCUUGGAUAUCGAAGAUAUAGAUCCAACUCUUGUGUACAUUCAAUACAUGAAAUUUGCCCGUCGAGCGGAAGGAAUUAAGAAUGCUCGUGCAAUUUUCAAAAAGGCACGUGAAGACCCAAGGUCAAAGUAUCCCAUUUACGUUGCAGCCUCCCUUAUGGAAUACUAUUGCAGCAAGGAUCACAAUAUUGCCUUCAGAAUCUUUGAGCUUGGACUCAAAAAAUUUCCUGCAGAGCAAGAUUACAUCAUGUGUUAUGUGGACUACUUGUCGCAUUUGAAUGAGGACAAUAACACACGGGUAUUAUUCGAGAGAGUUUUAACUUCUGGAAAUCUAUCUCCAGAAAAAUCUGUAGACAUUUGGAACAAGUUCCUUGAAUUCGAGUCAAAUAUCGGAGACCUUAGUAGCAUAGUCAAAACGGAAAAGAGACGAAGCAAUGUUCUGAAUCAACUGAAAGAGUUUGAAGGAAAGGAAACUGCUCAAAUCGUUGAUCGAUACAGAUUCUUAGAUUUGUUUCCUUGUACGACUGCUGAGCUAAGAUCAAUUGGAUACACUGAAGUUCUAUCCUUCUCCUCCAGCUUCAAGGCACAGUUGCCUCAAUUCAAUGUUCCCGACGCUGCUGAGGCGGAGGAAGAUGUUGAGGACAAGACCUCUCGACCUGAUUUCUCUCAAAUGAUUCCAUUCAAACCUAAGCUUAAUGCUUAUCCUGGAGAGCACAUUAUCCCAGGAGGAAGUUUUCCUAUGCCUCCAGCAGCAGCACAUCUCAACACGCUCCUCCCACCGCCCAUGUAUUUCCACGGCCCUUUUGUCGGAGUGGAAAAGCUCAUGGACAUUUUCGCAAGACUGCAACUACCUGAAGAUGUUCCCACUGCAAAUGGUGAAGGAUGUGAACCAUCACAGUUUGACUUGGCCAAAUCUGUUCACUGGGUUGUUAAUUCCGAAAAUGAGAAUCAUCAUAAUAAUAAUCAUCAUCAAGGCCACCAAAAUAAUAUGCGUGGUGGCGGGGGACGAAGGGGAGCCAAAAGACGGAUCGGGAUGGGAGGAGGAGCACAAAAUCAUCACGACAGCGAAGAUGAAGACUCUGCUGUUGCCCCACCUCUCAACGACCUUUAUCGUGUCAGACAACAAAAGCGACACAAAUAAUUAUCUCUGAUGUAGUGUUAUCUUGCUACAUCUGAAAUACUACACACUAGUUCUUAGAUUACAUAUUAUACGCUGUACAGUUUAUUUAUACAUACAAGAUGAUGUUAACAUAAUCCAAUAAUUAUUUUUAUAAUAACAGGUGUAACUGGAUUGAUUUUUUUCAAUAUUUACUCAAUUCGCAUUAAAAUUUUAUUCAACAAAACAAUAACAACAGCAUUAAAAUCGUUUACACAAAUUCAA